GGGGUUUUCGGAAGACGUUCAGUGCAGCGGAAGUUUAGACGGUUGCUCGGGGUGAACGGAUUGAGCACUGACAGCAUCGCACAAAUCACCAAACAAUUUUCUCCCCUAAACUAACCCAGUUUCCCCUUCCCUGACCCAUGGCUUCUAAUUCCAACAUAGACAUUGAGGGUGCUACCCAGCAUCUUCGGGACAUCCUCAAACUUGACCGCCCAGUGAUCAGCGCCGAUGUUGCAUCGGUUGACGGCCCAAGAAAGACAUCUUUCAAUGGGGAUCUGAAUGGACUGCUGGGAGCAGCAGGUCUUCUAGGAAGUGGAGACCGGUCAACCAUGGAUGACAAUAUUGGACCCUGUGCAGCUGACGCCAACAAUGCUCGAGAGACUCAGAUAAUCUGCCUGUCUGGUGAUGAUGGGUCCACUUGCAUCUCAUUUGUCUCCAACAAUGUGGAGAUUGUGGCUAGCCGAGAUUCUAGCAUCGACAGCAAGGCUCGGGGAAGCAACAAGGUGAAGAUCCAGCCAGUUGCCAAAUACGAUUGGGAGCACAAGUAUUUCUAUGGAAACCUGAUCGCUGUCUCAAACUCCUUUCUGGCGUAUGCCAUCAGAGGAGCCAACAACCAUGCAAUGAUCCGCGUGCUGAGCCUGGGAUCCAGCGAUCGCUCCCUGCUUAAAGGCUUCACCGGGGCUGUGACGGACCUGGGGUUCGCCCACCUCGACUCCCCUCUCCUAGGCUGUGUGGAUGAGGCUGGCAACCUCGUAAUCUGGCAGCUCACCUGCACCAGCGGCAAAAUACUUGAUCAAGUGGUGGUCCACAUUAGGAGGCCAGACGACACCCCCCUUAACUCCCACCGUCGCCUCAUCUGGUGCCCCUUCAUCCUGGAGGACAACGAGGAGAACCAGGAGGACACCAACCAGACACUGGCCCUUCUACACGAAGACAGGGCUGAGGUGUGGGACCUCGAUGUGUUGCGUGCCAACAACGCCAGCUGGCCUGUGGACGACUCGGAACUAAAGGAUGGCCUCAUCGUUGUCAAGGGACACACUGAGCGCGUCAGCGAAGGUGCCCUGUCCCCUGACGGAACUGUGCUGGCCACAGCCAGCCACGACGGCUAUGUAAAGUUCUGGCAGAUUUACAUAGAGGGUGGGCAAAACCAACCCAGGAACUCCAUGUCCCACAGGUGUCUCCACGAGUGGCUGCCUCACAGCGGCCGGCCCGUCUCCUGCCUGCUCUUCUGCGACAACCACAAGAAGCAGGACCCGGAUGUACCGUUUUGGCGGUUCCUGAUAACGGGCGCGGAUCAGAACCAGGAGCUGAAGAUGUGGUGCACGGUGUCCUGGACCUGCUUACAGACCAUUAGGUUUUCCCCUGACCCGUUUAACUCCACGGUUAUGCCAAGCCUGAAAGCCAGUCUGGACCUGUCGGCCAGUUUUCUCAUUCUCACAGACGUUCAGAGGAAGGUGCUGUACGUGAUGGAGCUCCACCAGGACCAGGAGAAGGGCCGGGCCAGCUUCACGGCCGUGUCAGAGUUCCUGCUCACUCACCCCGUGCUGAGCUUCGGGGUGCAUGACGUCACACCGAGCCGGCAGAGACACACCGAGGUCCUCCCGGCAGAGGAGGAGAGCGAGAGCAUGACCACUGAGGGUAACCAGGGAACCACAGAAUCCAAGUCUGGGAUUCAGAUAAAGCUCUUUUGUGUUCACACCAAGUCUUUACAGGACGUCCAGAUCUGGUUCCAACCAAGGAUGGGUUCUAACCCAGCCCUCUUCUUGCCCCAUUCUGAAUCCAACGAUGGUUUUGGAUCCUCAGACCACUUGACUGACCAGAGCUCAGACAAGGACUCGAGCAGUGGCUCAGAAAGUGACCUGAGGAAGAUUCAAUCGCUCCCGGCUCCCACCGACUUCCUGUCCAUGUCAGAUGCAGCUAACGUGGCCAUGCCCAAGUUAAUGACCCCUGAUGCCUUCAUGACCCCCAGCACUUCGGUCCCGGCCUCGCCUGGGAGCAGUGCUAGCAGCCUCACUAUUGUGACCGCCAUCAGCAGCAACUCAGACUCUACAAGCAGAGCUCUAGACGAUGUGGGUCAGAGCCCCAUUAGAACGGAGAACAACAACAACACCAGCAGCAGCCUGGCCCUUUCCACCUCCACUGGAAGCCCAAGGGCUUCCUCCAUCCUGCUCCCUGGACUGGAGAGCCUGCCGAUCCUGGCGGGCGUCAGCGGGCCCCUCUCUCUGGACGGGGCCCAGGUCCUCGACGCCCACCUCCUGCCCCACCAGGCCUCUCCGACCAGAGCCCGUUCCCCCGACGUCAUCUCCUCGGCCUCGACCGCCAUGUCCCAGGACAUGCCCGAGAUCGCCUCCCAGACCCUGCCCCUUCAGCGCGGCCUGGUCUCCAUCCCAGAGCCCCUGCCCAUGGCCGCCCUGCAGGCCGACAGCAUGGCCUCCGCUGCCAACGCGCUGCACCUCCUGACCUCGCCCCGCGGACCCAGCAUCAACAGCCUGUUGCCGCUGGAGCGUGGCGGCGGAGCAGCCUCUGUGGGCGGGGCCGUAGAGGGGGAAACCCUUCUCAGCAUCACCCCCUCUCUGCUGGAGAACGCCUUGUCCCAAGAGAAUGCGGGGGCGGGCGGCGGCUCGUCAGACGGCAGUGUGAGCCACACACCCUGGCCCGCAGCCCCUGAUAUCACCCGGGAAACCAGGAACAACCUGAGGGACAACGGACUGGGCGACUGUUCCAGAGAAGAGCUGAAGGACCGGCACAUGAACUCCCCCUACCAUAGACGCCCCUAUCAGCUGACACAGAAUGACAGCCAGGACGCCAGUGCUGAGCAGAGUGACCAUGACGACGAGGUGGCCAGCCUGGCCUCCUCCUCGGGGAACUGCGGCGGCGCUCGCUCGUCCCACAGGCUCCCCGCGAAGGAGUGGAAGACCUCCCCGCGGGGCUCCCCCAAACUCAAGAGGAAGAUCAAGAAGGAUGAAGGGGAGUCUUGCCAGUCCAGGCCGGUCAAGAUGGACCCUGGUCAGAUGAAUGCCGAGCUGCAGGAGGAGUUGCUGCUUCUGCUGCGUAGCCAACAGAGGGAGAUAGCGGACCUGCGUGGACACAUGGACAACAUGCAGAGCUCCGUCACUGCCCACGUGGAGCACGUCAUGGCCGUUCACCAAGAACAAGAGCAACGCAGGCUGGAUCGCAUGCUGGCAGAGAGCCAGGGCCGCCAGGAGCAGCUCAACCAGCAGCUCAGCCACGCCCUCAGCUCCUCCCUGACCAAUAGAAUGGACCGGGUGCUGAGGGAGGAGAUGAAGAAGACCGUCCCGCCGACAAUCUCCAAGAGUCUGGAGCCCGUGACAAGCCAGCUGAGCAGCACUGUGGCUGCCAAGCUGAGUGCCGUGGAGGCCACCUUGAAAGAAAACCUCAUCAAGGUGGUCAAGUCAAAGAACACAACAGACGCGAUUGGACGGGCAGCGACUGAAGCACUGCAGGGCACCAUCCAGACGGCCUAUAAAGAAGCCUUCCAGACGAUUGUGUUGCCUGUGUUCGACAGGGGCUGUCAGUCAAUGUUCCAACAGAUCAACGAAAGCUUCAAACAGGGGACCCAAGAGUACAUCCAACAGUUAGAAGCUCAUCUUAAGAGCAGGAAACAGAGAGAGCAGGAGGUACGAGACCCAGUGAUUGGCCAGCUCCAGCAAAUGAUUGAGAAUAUCCAGAGCAACAACGACCAGCUGGCCAAUAACGUCACAGCCAGUGUCCGGACAGAGGUCCAGCACCAACUCCAGAUGAUGGUAGCAAAUCUGCAGGAGUCCCUGCUGACCCAGGUGCAGCGGAUCGUUAAAGGGGAGGUGAGCCAGGCCAUGAAGGAGCAGCAGGCGGUGGUCACCUCCAGCAUCAUGCAGGCCAUGCGGUCCGCGGCCAGCACGCCCGUCCCCACGGCGCACCUGGACUACCAGACGCAGCAGGGCAACAUACUGCAGCUCCUGCAGCAGGGCCAGCUCAACCAGGCCUUCCAGCAGGCUCUGUCGGCGACGGAUCUGAACCUGGUGCUCUACGUGUGCGAGACCAUAGACUCCCAGCAGGUGUUUGGACAGCACCCCUGUCCCCUCAGCCAGCCUGUGCUGCUUUCGCUGAUCCAACAGCUCUCCUCUAACUUAACAACACGCUCCGAGCUCAAGAUCAGCUACCUGGAGGAUGCGGUAAUGAACCUGGACCGCGGGGACCCUCUGACCAGGGACCACAUGUCGGCUGUGUUGGCCCAGGUCCUACCCAAGCUGUACGCCUUCCUGCAGCACGACCCCCACAGCCCGCACAGCAAGAGGGCGCGGCGCCUCCAGAUGAUGCUGCAGGGCCUGGUCAACCACUAGCGUCCCGGAUCAGGGGGGAGCCUCGGGGGCGGGGGGGGGGGGGGGUGUCAGACGGCUCCGUUUCCUCUGCUGUCUCUGUUGACACUAAGGAAGAAGAAGACUGGGAUCUUUCAAAUUUUCGGGGCGCGUUCACGGCCCUUGCCCACCAGUUUUCCCGCCCGUUGAGCCAGGUUAGCACUGGAAGGAUGUGUUGGAGGAAGUCGUUCCUUCUGUCGCUCUAAUUCGUCCCUCUCUCCCCAAGCCAGUCCACCCCAACAGAACUAUCCCCAGUUACUUUAACUUUUAAUGUUCCUCUUUUCUGUAUAAUCAAGCAGAUUGUGACAGGGAAAGAUUUAUUUCCGCUGAUUUCUGUUCUCACGGUAUCAAAGGGGUUUGUUGUUGAUCGUCCCUGCAUGUUACUUCCACUUAGUAUCUGCAAGACACUUUGAUAUGCAUCCUUUACUACCCGUUUCUGCGUGAAAAACUAGACUGAUGAAAAAAAAAAAAAACUCCACACUCCCCGUGUUCGGAAAGACGUGUCUAAAAUACUUUAAAGGUUGUUGGUGUGGAUUGAACAAAACCCUGAACUACAGCCUACUUUUUUAUCAAAGGUAGCCUCCCUUGUUUCUAUAAAGUUAGGGCCUUAAGCUCUUUGGGUCGAUGAGAAGUUUUUGGUGGGUACCCCUCUGGUGGCACAGUUUGUCCAUGCUCCUUCCCAUGUCAUGGAUGUGUAUGGUAGAACGCCGAUAUAACGAUAUAAUUAUCCUCAGUUUUGUCCACACAGUUGUUUAUCAACAGUCGAUCAACAAAUGUGUCACACCUUAGAUCACUUUUUUUUUAUAUAGAGAAAACGAUCCUGACUGCUGUGUGGAAUCGUCUUAUUGGUCGGUGCGCUUACAUUUUCCAGCAGCAGCUUGAGAUCAGUCAUUUGGUAAUUCGUAUUUGAAAGUAAGAAAACGGCUGUUGGCAACAGAUAAGAUCGCAACACCAGGAUAAAAAAAAAUUCAUUUUGAUGUUGGUUUUAUUAAUUGCCACAUGCUCUUUAACAGCUUUUCGAAGCCAGAUGUUUAUUUUUUUAUUUGUGAAAGGGGUCCUCAUUUCCAUAUUUUUUUCCCUGGUAAUUUAAAUGACUCCCUUCAGCUAGUCUUUAAUUGGAAAGGCAUCACACUGAUUGGUGAUAUGCUCUUAGGGACAUCAUUGAAAAUUACUUGCAACUUCUGUUGGAGUUAUGAAAGUAAUACAUUUUCAAAAGGGCUGGCGUCCAAAUGUACAGAAUACCCAUUUGGCGAUUCCCCUCGUUACCCGUCUACUUUGUCUCAUUUUGAACACCUUUUUAUAUAUCUGUAGUCUGAACACCUGUAUGCUUGCAUAUAGAAAAUGUCCUAGUCAUUAUUGCUUGGAAGAUGCUUGCCAUAUUACUUUUCGAUCCUCGUUUUCUUUUGGUUUUACCCAGCAAUGUUCAUAGACCCGUACGUACAGAUCCUUCAUCUGGGCUCUAGAGGGCAGCAGUUGGCCUGAAGACACUUCCAUUCUGCAGGCGAUGGGUCUUCAGCAUCCAUCAAGCAUUUAGAACUCCUUUUUUGUGGUGUCGACAGUUCUCGAGAAAUGACAUGUAGCCUGGAUACACCUAUCAUCGUUGCUGGGUCGUUAGUAUGGUUUGCAGAUUGUAAAGUACUCAAUAGAUGCAUUACAUGGGCGCUCUGUUGUUUGGAAAGCUUGGUUGAGUUUGUCAAGUGCCUUACUGUACUACUCGAGAUGGUCUGAACGGGUACACAUUUGGACUUUUUCAGACCCAGAUAGCGCGGCAGUGGAUGAGACGUUGGUAGGGUCGUUACCUUGUAGUUGCGUCAGAUGGUGGGGAAAGAACAGCCUCUGAUGGCAUGAAGUGGGGAACGUAUGCAUGCAUGUAUGUAUGUCUCCUGGGAGCCGCACUGGCAAUUGCACCAUAUUUGCUAACUUUUCAAUUUCAACGUUUCUAGAAAGAUUGUCUAUUUCAGAUUGGCUCAAAGUUCGGAUUAGUUUACCUCUGUAUAUAAAUUUGAGUUUUGGAGAGAUUCUACUGUCUUGGUUGAAGGCCUAUACCGUUGUGGCCUGUUUUCAAACAGAUUAUGGUAUGUCUGCCUGUGUGUUCAACCCUUUGUUCCCUGACUCCCUGGUACGCCAUGGGUCCUGUCGUUGUUAGCUGAGGAUUGGUGUUGCUUUACCUCCCCAAUGAGCGGCAUGUUGUGCCCAGGUGUUCGAGCACGCGUUCUAUAUCUGUGGAGUGAAGGUGGUUUAAUGACCCUGGCCCCUGCGUGGGGGAGCCUCAUGCUGCAUCUCCUCCAGUAAAAUCCAUCAUUUGUUUUAUUUUCUUACAAAGGUUGUGAUUUGGAAGGACAUAAUAAAGGUGUCCAUGGUCAAGCAGUCCUCUAACGAUCCAUCUUUUAUUGUACCAAAUUAGAAAAUAUUUCAUGGUCUGUUAUGUCCUCGAGCCAGUGUCUCCAGGUUUCCAUCUGCCCUCUGUGUUCGAGGAGAGGAGGAGUGCAGGUAUAGCUCAGUUUAUACAUACACGGUUUGAGUUCUGUAUUCUCUGCUACUGGACUACAGGAAACUGAAAAUCAUUCGUUUUCAGAUGAAGAAACCAGAGUUUCAGCUAGAAAGCUUUGCACAUAACGCUACACUAUAUUUUCCUCGAUUAGUUUGAUGAUAAAGAAAUUGUUAAAUAUCCGGGUUUUUUUCGGUGUAUGACAGACUUGUUUAUUCCCCAAAUGCUUGGUGGAUUAUGUUGUAAAUUUUAGUUACUUUUACCCUAUACGUUUUUUGAAAUAAUAAAAACAUGUUCAAUUUC